AUGGAUUGGAUGAGUGGUAAACUCAAUGAAUUAUCAACGCUAUCAUCAAAAGUUUUAAAUGAAAAAUCCCAGAAAGUUCGCCGCAGUAUAGAUGAAAUCUAUAAACCUAAUCGACAAGAGUCGAUUAUACAGGAGCCGAUUAUGCAACAGUCAGUUAUACCAGAGUCGAUUAUACCAGAAUCGAUUAUAGAACAGCCCGUAAUACCUGAUAAUCUAGUACUUGUUGCAUUAGCAAGAUCUGGUACAAGUUUAUGCUUAAUAAAUCUUCUUUUAACAAACAAUCAACUUUCAAUUCGAGCAUUGGUACGAAGUAAAGAAGCAGCAAGUAAAUUAAAAGAAAAAUAUCGUGAUCAAUUUGACAUAGUAAUUGCUGAUUUCUUGGAUCCAACUAAGUUAAAUGAAGCAAUGAAACAUGUGAAAUCGGUCUUUCAUAAUGGACCACCGCUGCAUCCAAAAGAGUACGAUAUGGCUGUAGCUAUGAUCGAUGCCGCUCAAAAAAACGAUGUUGAACACUUUGUUUAUUGUUCGGUAGCACAUCCUCAAUUGGAACAAAUGAUUACUCAUCAAGUAAAAUCUCGAAUAGAACAAUAUCUAAUUGAAUCUAAAUUGAACUAUACCAUUCUUCAGCCAAUGCCUUUUUUUGAAAAUAAUAAUCUUAAGCAAAUUAUUCAUCAACAAUGUCUGUAUUUACCAUAUUCGCCAGAUAUAAGGAUGUCUUGGGUAUCGAGAGAUGAUGUAGCUGAAGUAGUUGCUAAAGUAUUAUGGGAAAAAGACAAACAUUUUAGAGCUACUUAUGAAUUAUGUGGACCAGACCAUAUAUCUUAUCGUGAUGUUGUUCAACUAGUUAGUAAACAAACAGGGAAACUGAUUGAUAUACAGCAAAUUUCCAUUGAAGAGGCUUUCAAAGAUUUUCCAGUCGACGAAGAAUGUAAAAACAAAGAUUAUACAAUACUGGCAUUCCAUCGACGAUUUAAUUAUUACAAUCGUGUCGGUCUAACUGGAAACUCAAAUAUUCUCUCAUGGCUUCUUGAGAGACGACCAACGAAUUGGAUUGACUAUAUUCUUGCAAGUAGCUAA